AUGGCGUCCUCUCUAAAGGCCUGGCAUCUGCUUGUGUCCCUGCUGUACCUGCAGUGCAGCUUGCUUGCACAGAGUACUUCUAGGCGAGAGUUCAUGGAACAACAUCACCUGAGUUCACACAAAGAAUUCAGUGCAUACAGCUGUGAUGCCCUCAUGACAGACAAAGGUCUGAAACCCAAGAUCUCACACUCAUUUGUUUAUAUAGCAUGGUACAAAGUUGAGCAUAUGUGCAUCAGUGGCAACUGGAAAUAUCGAUACAAAAAUUCGUAUGUUUGGGCCCAGACUCCCAUUAAAGUGCUCACGUGCCAGUGGGAGAAUUUCAAAAGUAAAUAUGCAGAGAGAAGGAGCUACAACUAUGUUCAGUUUCACUGUAACGCAGAUGGCUAUGUCGACAGCAUAGAGGACAUGAAGCCUCUGGAGCCCAUCUUCGCCUAGAAAGUCUCACUGGCUGGCAAGCUCUGGGAGAACCAUUAGUUCUCAAAUGUCAGCCUCUGCUUACAAUA